GGACGUGGUCUCGGAAUAAACGACGUCUAGAAAGCACCGCGAACGCGUUACGUCUCCUACGAGGUACGCACGCUCCGAUCGCUAUAGGCUACGUGAUCUGGCGCUAUACUCUCAGCAUGAAAAGCUGGACCGCACGCCCGCUGUAGCUCAAUCGAAGAAAACUGUCAAACUCGCGGGCUGCGUUCUCUACCACAACAUUUAAUAGCGCAUCGCGUACAUCACAGGGGCUUCGCCCAGCGCUCUCCAUGGCGAAUCGUUCGCGCAGAAACGCGACGCGGCUCAGCUGAACGGCAGUGACAGAUAGCAGACCCUACUGCAGAACUGCCCGCGUCCAGCACGCGCGCAUAUGCUACUCGCGCACACACUGCAAUAAGCCAGACAUCACAUCGCCGCUCCUCUCGCUCGCCUAUUUCCUUCAAGACUAAUCACGUCUCUAUAGCGACGCCGAGUGGUUAUCAGCGCGCGAGCCGUUCAGCGCAUGACCACCGCCGAUAUUCGCGAUAUCCUUUCGUCACCGAGGCCUCGCUGUGCGACGGUGCCGCGGCUUUCACAGCGCUCAUCUCAGCCACAUACGAGGGACGUCGGCAGAAACUGAGCACGGUCGCCAGAUGCAUAUGGGAUCGCGACACUUGCUGGAAGACGUGAGUGCAUCCUGCUCUACACUAUGAAUCGACAUGGUGACUACCGGGCAAGGGACCACUACCAGGCACGCCACCGCUAUGGAGCCAGCGGAGGUGCAUUUGAAGAAACCAGUUUUCGCGGACCACCGCCAGCUCGCGGAGGAAGAUUUGGAGGCCAGGUGGACUUGCGAGCCGAGAGCUACUCAAACAGGCCCGAUUACUACGAUCCCGCAUGGCAAUACGGUGCCAGCCGAGGAGCCCGACACCCAAUGGGUCCCCCCGGUGAUAUUCACCAACGUCAGCACUAUGGCUACGGCGGGACCGGCGGCUACAACAACCAGCGAUAUGAGCAUGGCUCGCCCCGCCACGGUUACGCGGGCGGAGCACGAGGUCGUGAGCUGCACGACCGCGGUAGGUCUCCUCGAGACGCUGCACAUCCGAGAAGAGGACGCGGCGGUGGGUGGAGCAGUUGGUUGGACACUCCAGGCCACCGUCGUGAGGGUAACGUGCCGUUGACCGCCGGCGAGAGCUUGCUGCACUUCAAACGAGCUGUGCGUCGUAUGAACAACGAUUGCGACCGGUCGGUGCUCUCCGAAAGCUGCGCGCACAGCGUUUCCGAGGUCAGCGACGCCAGGAGUCAGUACGCCGACGGCGACUACGCGACGCACCGACACGCUGGCUUCACCGCCCGGCAUGGCAACGACGGCGAAAAUGCGGCUUCCUCUCGCGAGCGGAAGGAUUUGGUCGACCGAACGGAAGCUGUCAUCAAACGCAGAGUUCCGUUGCAGAGGAACGUCAGCUUCGAGCCGUGCCGGCCGGUCGCGGCGGGUGCUUCGUUGUUGACCAGCAUGAUCAGCGUCUUCUGGGACAUCGAGAACUGCGCGGUGCCCAACGGAGUUCCGGCGUACGAGAUCGUGCUCAAGGUGCGCCAAAGGUUCUACGCGGGAUACCGCGAGGCGGACUUUGUGGUCGCCUGCGAUACCGCGCGCAUGAGCCCUGCCGUGAUCGCCGAGCUAAACGAGGCACUGGUGACGGUGAUACACGUUCCGGGUGACCAGAAGAACGCGGCCGACGAGAAGCUUCGCACUGUGCUGCGCCGCUUCUCGGACGCACACAAGUUGACGGGCUCGCGCAUCGUGCUCAUCUCGGGCGACGUGGACUUCGCGGCCGAAAUACACGAGAUGCGGUACACGGACCACAUCGACGUCGUGCUCAUUCACAACGAACAGGCCAAGAGAGCGCUGAGGGACGCGGCGAACGAGAGCAUCAGUUACAGCGCGUUCCUGGCGGACCUCAAAAGCAGCUAUGGAUCAAAGGCAGCCAAAGCGCUUUCGUCCGGCCUUCGAAAUGAAGGAAAAGACAAGGAAAGAAAGAACGACCUGAAGAAGAGCGUUGCGUCAGUCGGCGCCCGUGUUCAAGAAGAUAAAAUGAUAGAGAAAGUGACGAAGAUAAAGAAUCAAGCCCCAGACACAGGCGAGCACCCAUCCUUCCGCACGAAAGUGGGUUUACUAGUUCCCAGAGAGCCUACUAACGCGGUAUAUUGGAAAGAGUACUUGUCGCACCUCAACGUACCACAGGAUUUUACACUCGAGGUUGCCUGCGGCGGCAAAGACAUCGUGUGCCUCGUUUAUCCAAGCGCCACCAAGGCGAGGGAAGCAGUUGAAGCUCUCAACCAUCCGCUAGUGGAUGACGAGGACGUGCCGGUCUGCUUAGGAAUAAUUUCAAAAGACACCACUCAAGAAGUCGAAAAAUUAACACCAGAACAGCCGAGUCGGGCUUCGAAGGUUAAAUCUGCAAUAACUAAUCACAAAGCGAAACUUGAAGCUGUGAAGAAAAGAAUUCGUAGCCUUCAGGGAGACGAAAAAACUGCGCCAAUGUUACAGGCGGCGUAUGAAUAUCAGGCCACAAUUUACGAGGCUCAGCUGACCCAUUUCUUGAAGAUCAUUUCUGAUUUGCCUCAGUCGCCUCAACAAGCUGACGACGCCACAGCCACUGAAAUCGCUAGGCUCAAAAGGGGCUCAGUCGUUUACAGCGUAAAAUCAACAAUUCUCGAAACUUUGUCUGGGCGCAAAGUAGUGUUCCUGAUCUCGUCACCGGGAUCCGAAGCAGCACUCGAAGUGGCGUCGUAUGCGCAAGAUUUGAACUUCCGUGUCCUUAGUGUACAAGCCAGUGAUUUCACAGCCGAGCAGUGCUCGAAACACGCGGGAUCUGUGAGCGGAUUGGGACCCGUGCAUUGCUGGCUCAGCACUACCGAAAAGGUCAACUCUGAAAACGCAGUUGUUUUCACUAGCGCGCGACACUUCUUUCAAGAGUUUCUUCGCCGCGAUAUGGAACUCUUUGACUUCCAGGCCAUCAUCGUCGAUGAGCUGCAAGAAGACACCGCUUACCAGCGGGCUGUGCUGGCAAUAAUCCGGAAAUAUUUCGUGUCUAAAGUCGGUGUAGUCUUGUGCGGCAAUCAGUCCGAUGCCUGCGGACGGAUCCAAGAGGAGUUUUGUCUAGAAACCGACAUUAUCCGGUGCGUCCUCACGUUUCCAGUAGAUGUCAUCUGGAAAGGCAAGCCGACAAAUAGAGUGAUGGCAUGUGUCUGCACAGCUUUCGAAUUCUGCCAGACGGCAGAAGCACCGGCCGGCGGAGACGUUCUUGUGUUUCUUCCAUCCCUCGCAGACGCUAUUCUUGCGGAUGGCUUUUUGGGUCAGAAAGUUCGGGAGGAAAAGUUUGACGUGGCUAUUGCCCACGAAGUAUUGUCCUCUAGCUGGACAAAAUUUCCUCUCAAGAACGACCCUCUGCGGAAAGCAUGCUGGAGGGUGAUCUUUGCCGUGGAAUGUCCCGACGCAGUCGUGAGUGCACUGCGUGUGCGUUGCGUCGUUGACAGUGGCCUAACGCUGAAGACCGUUUACCGGUCUGGAAUUUUCGUCAUGCAGCUCGCUUACGUCACUGAAACUGAGGCAGAAGGGAGAAGAUAUUUAGCAGGAACACACGAAUGCGGGACUUGCUACCGCCUCUACAGUAGAGCUGCAUUAGUCCCUUCAUCGCCAGCUCACUUACACAGCUCGAAGUACUUGGAGGACAUAGUUCUUCGUCUUUUCACCCAGCAGAAGACCUCCGACGCUCUCUUUGUCAAUGAGCUCCCUAAGACGCUGCUGGAUGAAGUAAAAACUGCCCUUAAACAGAUCGGGGCGUUAGACGGUGAAGGACAAGCGACUGACCUGGGCGCUAGGCUGUGUCAGACGAGUCUACAGCCCCGACUUGGCAUGCUUGUGCUGUGCUCAAUGGGCAAGGCUCCCUCCCUGGACUCGAUUCUACUUUCACUCCUUGUCUUCGAAGACUUGCUUGUGGCUUACAGGCCGCUGAAAGAAGGCGGUAAUCAGCGCGACUUCCCUGUGUCCGACGGAUCCAGCGUCUUUUCAGGGGUGAUUCAGCUGUACAAGAACUGGCUGGUUGUACCCAAGAAAAUGAAAAGCUCUUGGUGCGAUGUGCAUGACGUGAACGAAGCCUUCAUGAACUACCUUCACAACGCCGCUCGAAGUAUCCAGCAGGAGUUCACCGAGUUCAAAGGCAGAAAUCUCGGUGCCGAUUCAGCAAAGGAGGAGAAAAACGCUACAAUCACGUUAGGUGAACUGCUUGCACAGUCUUUUCCCCAAGGCCUGCUGCAAGCGGACCAACACGGUUACAAACACCCCACUUUGGGCGAUCACUUGCAGGUAUCGCCAUUGUCGCUAUUUGAUACCGAGGCGAUGGAACCGAAGAACGUCGUCUGUUGUCUAUUCGCUCAAGUUCAUGGCGAUAACACGGUAAAGCUACUCAACUUCGCCGCUUUGCCGGAGUCCUUUUGUAAGCGCGAACCGACCGGUGAAGUUUACCGUGCAGAAGAAACGAAUGAGGAACUUGUGGAACGAUUUGGUCCCGUGGGAAAGCUAAUCUGGAACCAUCAGUUCAACUCGACAAGUGCGCUGCAGGUCAUUGAGGAAAAGCUGCGAAUAGCCACAGAUGACAGUAAGGGUCACCUCGAACGGGACGCAGUGAGACAGUGUGUCGUGAUAAGAGGACAAGAAAAGUACUGCUUCGAAGCUCUACAGUGCCUUCGGAGCAUCGUCAGCGAGCAGGUAACAAAACUGUCCAGAAAGGACCGGGAAGUCUUUCUCACACCGGCUAGAUCUCCCUACGAGGAACGUCCCGUGCUCGCCGUUCUCGGCAUCGGAGGUCACAUCGACGAACUGCUCGCGCCGACUGCCUUCCGGACUAUACUAGCGUACGACGUGAGGGUGACGCACUCCGAGUUUUGCAGAAGGGUGAACGAACUGGGAGAGAUAGUCCUGUACCGCUACAUGAAAGAAGACGCCACCUUUGAGAUCACCUAUAAAACGGCGCGAGAAGCCGACAGUGCCUACCGCACGCUCUCUGAACAGGGCGGCGACCUAAAAGUAACCGUUAAGGGCGACUCUCUCGAGUACCGUGAAGAGCAAAGGGAGCGAAGACCAGCGUUCCACGCCCAAAUCUCACUACCUCGCCGUCUGUGCUCGGGGACCGCGUUUGCCCAGUUGCCGGACCAGGAAUCGCACGACCGCGUGGUGGCGCGGCUGCCCCUCAGAGUCCGCUUUGACAACAACACAGUGACUAUCCAUCGCGACAAGAAGGUAUCCUGCCAAUUGUACAUCACGGGCUUGCCUUCGACGGCGAGCCAGUCGGCGCUGGAAGGUCUUAUACGCUCGUCGCUAGCAGUAGACGUCAAGAAGGUAAGCCUCGUACGUGAAGCUGCACGCAAGACGCCUGUCGAGAAGCUGCGAGCAUUAGGGGACGCUGUACAGAAACUCUUUGACGAAGAACUCCAUGAACGCAGUCCCAAACUGGUUCUCAACACUCCGAGGAUGGAAGAUUAUAUUGAGAAAGGGUGGCUCUGCUUCGAGGAUCCCAACGCAGCUCAGGGCGCCUGCACGUUGCUCCGGGGCUCGCCAGUUCCCGUCGACCGGAAAGCUGAGGACGGUGUUGCCACGUUGCCGAUGGCGAUACACAUUCUCGUGGAGGAAACACUGUACUUCCCAUGCUCCUUCUUCGAAGCGAUUCAGGGCCAAAUCGAAGAGGAGCUUCGUCGUCAAGAAGGACUUCGUCCUGAGGAUAACAUCAAGUGCGACGCGACACCUUGCGGUGAAAGUGCGGUUCGCGUCAAGCUAAAGGCUAACAACCUCAACGAUUUUCACAAGGCUGUGCACCUUUUCAACAGAAUGAUCCUGGGCCCCGACGCCCCGCGUGUCGACUCCCGCGUGCGCCCUGAGCGAGUCGUGGAAGUGUUGAAGGCCGUGGCGCCCGACGGUGGCAUCUACGUGUACCGCAAGCCCGGCGACGCCCGCUUGGUUGGCGAAGCGCAGCUUGUCGCGGCAGCCAGCGAGAUGCUGAAGAGGCACACCAAGGCAUGGGAGAAGCGGCAGAGGAAGAGAUUGGCACUCGUCGGAGAAGGGUUUACUGUGCUGAAGUCCUUCAUCGCCACAUUUGGGGAUGACCCUUGGUACCUAGCCAGAGAAUGCAAGCUGGAUGCUGCCACGUUCGAUGGUCAGUUCGAAACGGUCGAGAUUCUCGGAACAGAUGCAGCUAUCAUAGCGGCCGAACGACUUGUGAGCCAGCUGCCGAAGAGUAGAGUGGACGAAAAAUCGACGGCCGAUGCCGGAGAGCGCUGCCCCAUCUGCCGACUGCCACCAGGCGACGCUCAAAAGGACCGGCUCUCAGGGAGUGGGCACCGUCUCGAGCUGUGCGGUCAUUGGCACUGCGGAUCCUGCCUGCUGCUUGUCUUCAAGAGAGCUCCCCUGCCUUUGGCGUGCUUCGAAAAGGACUGCGCCUCACCGUGGGCGAAAGCCGACAUUACCCACGUGACGGGCAACAACCAGGAUUUGCUGAGUGACCUCGCACGAAGGUCGUUCGAGUGCAGCGUCGCAGCGGACUUGGGCGGAAGAUGGCUGCCCUGUCCGACACCCGAAUGCCACUUUGCGCUGGAUUCCAAAGUGGACGCCGAGGCACAGGGCGUGCACGUCCUGGGCAACGUGCACGUUUGCCCCGGAUGCACCAACGCCGUCUGCUUCCGCUGCCGGUCGCUGUACCACUACGGAAUCUCGUGCGCCACUUUCAAAGACACCAUGUCGCCGAAUGGUGCCAAUGACAAGUCAUGGCUCAACGAAGACCCCGGAAAACGGGUCCUGUGCCCGUCAUGCAAGGCACGCCUGGAGCGUAACACCAGCAACAAGGUGGACGCCUGCUGGUCCUGCCGACGCCUCUUUUGCUGGCGCUGCCACCGCAGCUUCGAGGAUGAUGCCACUGCCGCUAGGGGUCACCGCACACAGUAUUGUCAAACGGCUCCGCUGGGCGGUGACGAUACCUGCUGCGUCAUGUGACAUCUCCCUGCCUAUUAUGGUCAUAUCUCUGAUUAUUACGGAGUCCAAAACAAUUCUCCGCACGUCGCGUUUAAUGGGAGUGGUUUACUCAGCCGUGGCAAAAAAAAAAAUACUUUUAGCAACGUAACGAUGUCAGUGACUGCGCUGAGAGCAUGCAUGACUUUAACUGUGCUUAUAUUCGCCCGGAUAUUAACUCAAAAUGAAGAUUGUCUUUCCUUAUCAAGCUUGCGUGAUAAAACUGUUGCCCCUAGCUAAAAGAAAGUGUGAUCGAAGUUACAGCAAUCUUUGUACGAGACAAACGAAGGAACUAGUUGUCUGCUAAGGAGAAAUGCGAGUUUAAUAUAAAUAUUACCUUUGUCAACGAAACAACAUUCACCAUGCCACGAAAUCACAUGUUAAGUAGCAACGCUUACAGCUAAUUCACCAGAAAAAAGACCUUCUCUAAAAGUUCGUGCUCGAAACGCGAAAGUUAUAGGCCUGUUUGUUCGUGUUUAGUUUCUUCACAAGCAAAUAUUCCAACUCACUGUCGGAUCCAGCAAGAAACCUACAGCGUGCUUUAUGAAGACACUUAUCCAAGUGGGAAAUAUGAAGCUAGGUAUGAGUGCGCGGGUACCAUUGUUUAAAAUUUGCGAAAAUGAACACUAGCAGGUUACUUGAUUUGCCAUAGGGUUAUCUAUAUAUAAGGUUAGGGAAAUUAUUGCUUACAUCGUGCCAUGUAUUUGCAGGCGCAAUUUCAAUGCGAUUAAAACUUACUUCAGCAUCGGACACACUGAAGUCAAGGACGACGGCCAGAAAUUCAAAAGCCUGCCUGUAGCUUUGGCAGGCUGCGUAUGGUCGCGUAUGGUGGUUGGCGGUGGAGAGCUCAAAGAAGUAGUCUCUAGUCAUUAAGACCAGAGCUUCCCGACAUUGCAUUUCUUUGUUGAUGGGAGAUUGCUGCAAAUAAUGCAGUUACGAACCCGACAACACCAGUGAUGUCAUGGCGAGAAGGUGAUUUUCUUUAUGCGAAAUGGAAGAAUGAGGCGUUGCAUAGGCAGAUGCGUGACCGUAGUCUUCAGCGUGGAGGAUGAUGUGCCAUGGUGUGAAAAAUUCAUGUUCCGUUUAUCAAACUCCCUUGGGAGAGUGGAAGAAUGUUUUUUCAUGUGCGAAAAAUAGAGGCAUGUUGUCUCUGAUUUUAGCCUACCCACACGCCGGAGAAAUAGAGGAGGUAAAGGAUGGAUGUGAAAGUUAGUCCAAUUGACUAUGAUAGUGUGUGGUAAACUAUGUACAUGUGCGAUGUCUAAAGAUGUUCUGCCCACAGCACAUCACAAUGCCCACUCACCUCUGAUGAAGUGCUAGAGCCUGGACGUAAAGCGACCUCUCAAGACCCUUCACAGGGAAGAGGUAACGGAGUACAGUUCAUAAUAAAUGCCAGGAGACGACUUCAUUACAAAAGUGAGGCAGGCGCCAGAAGUGCAACAGUCAUGCUGAGCAAUGACAGCGCUUCGUUGAUAAUUAACGACUCCAUAUCGUAAACGGUGCCAAAUGGGUACGAUAUGAAAAUACACCAGCGCUAACGCCCUCUGCAUUUGAACGUGCGUAAUCAGGGGCACGUGAUUAAGAUAGCUGCCAGUCAGACAACUAGCUUCAGAUCGUACGUAAGCAAGCGGACCCACUUAAGGAGUGGAGUAACAAUCCGAUACGAGCGAAUUCAGCAGCCGCGUUUUACUCCAGAUAAUUAUUCUUAAGCUCGGAGCUGAUAGUGUGUAAGCCACAAUUAUCUUGUGGAUAAGAGUUGCGCAUCAACGGGUCCGCGUUGCAGACGCCUCGCAACAGAGCUUUCGGGUAGCAAAGCGCGUAUGCGUAGUUCUGAUGUCUGAGUUGGCCGCUUAUCUUUGCAUCAACUUGAAGGUUUAUUCCUCGUUCACGAAGAACCCAGAAAUUCGCCUAUAACUGCUGCAGCAUGCAAAAUUCGACUAACUAUGGCGUUAUCUUUAUGUGCCUCGGGUGGGGCAUUUAGCACUACGUCCAGGCGUUAUUUCCUCUCGUUAGCUGCUAACACCAUUCGCUUAGCAAACAGUAGAAAGACAAAGUUGUCGAAAACAGCUGAAUCAGAGCGGAUAACUUUGAUGUUUCGCUCUUUCUUCAUGCGCUCAUAUCGGAGUGUUGUACGUUACGUCAAUUAGUGCGGUCUUUCUCAGCUGUCGUCAACCUAAGGCAGCGGGAAACCGUCAGUUCAUAUGAUAGUGACCAUUUAAUGAAACAAUAAACAGCAACACGAAACCACAUUAGAAGAAGUAUCACUUUCAAACCCUGCACAUAAAUAUCUAAUUCAAUCGAGACCUUUCUCUCUUUGACUCUUUUCAAACUCUAUUUGUAUUCACUUUUAUGGGCAAAGAUUUCCUUUUCUUUCAUUUUGGGGCACAAACGCUCCACCGAUAUUUCAAGGUAGUGUCACAGAUUUCAAAAUAACCUUACCUGUUUAUGCACCUUCUGCAAAAGAAUAUCAAAACUAGUUGGCUUAUAAAAUAUUUACUUUAAAUGAAAUGUUUUCCUUGUUCAGUGACAACUAGGCUUAAGCAUGCAGACGGUUGUCAAGAUAUGACAUCACAAUGGGGAUGAAGGGAGACUGGUUCUUGAACGCCAAGUUGGCGUCGCCAAACUUCUCUCGUUUGUAGGCUGCUUCUUUGUUAUGAAGCCUAUGCUCAUGGAAGCAAUAACCUAUUUAG